CCAUUUUCAAUUAUUUUUGUUUUUAAUUUUUGUGUUUUCUUUUUUUUUUCCACACUAUCUCUGCCGCACAUAUCCGUUUUGCCGUGUCCGUAUCUGGGGACCGUGUCUGUGAAACCGAAGCUGUAAGCUGAGCGCGUAACCCCCCCAAGUUCAUGGACAACCCUCAGCAGUAUCAACCUCUUUCACAUGCGUUGAACCCGCCAAUCGUGCCGGCCCCCUACGAGGACGAAGAAGACGAGGAGGAGGAGGGCGAGGAAGGCGAGGAAGAAGUCGCGGUUGAGAACCAGCUCGGAAGGGAAGACGAGGAUGGAGACGGGGUCGCCGGGCCAAGCAAUACGCCUCAUCGGACGCUGAAUGCCACAGCUAGCAGUGAACAUCGCGAUGCCCCUUCGUCCUCUAAUCGGUUACAAUCGAAUGGUCGCUCGGCGCCUGACGAUACUGACCCUUCAUCACCUGCUGGUGCUAGCCUUGGAUUUCAUCGAUACCAGACUUCGGCGGCCCCCGGAGAAAUACACCCACAUAAUCAGCAGUACUAUGAGUUCAAUGGCGUUGUUGCUCAGUGCUACCAGGUGGGUUCCGCGGUGAAGGUCGACCCUUUGACCAUGCUUAGUGAGGCCAAGAAAAUAUGUGAUGCUCUGUUAGCUUCUCCAGCCCAGCUGACCAGGCACCCACCACCACUGCCCCUGACGUUUAUACCAAGUUGCACACCAGCAACAGCUCCCUCAAUACCAUCGUCCAACGGAAAGGCAACUCCGGUUACCCAAUCCACGACCUCUGUGAUCACCAAUCCUCAAUCAUUUGUGGUACCAAUGAGUCACUCUCAACAAUCUUCGCAGCAGUUCGUUCCGAGCGUGUAUAAUAACCCUGCAUACCCUACAGCUCCCUAUUACGGCUAUGGAGGAUACGGUGGAUAUUAUCCGCCAGUUCCGCAGGCGGGACCUAGCACAGGCAGCUCUACGCCGCCUGCUAGUGCCAGCGCAAUAAACAGCAACAGCGCCGGAAAUCAGGGCGCAUGGUCCGACGAAGAAACUGAGAAACUAAAAAAAUUGGCGGAAGAACACCGAAGCAAUACCGGAGAUAUCGCAUGGGAUGCUCUGUGCGAAAAGUGGGGCAAUUCAAGGACCAGACACCAAAUUCUUAUAAAAGCAACGUCUCUCGGGUUGAAGGAAUCAUCUUCGCGAGGCACUAAGCGGAGACGAGAUACAGAUAGUCAUACCAUCCCUGACCGCCAACCACCACCACCGCCCACACCUUCUGCGCCACCCAGUAAUACCAACCAGAUUGUUGCUCCCGUCCCCACUCCGAUGUCCGCCCCGUCACUACAGCAGCCAACACAACCCGCACACGCCACAGUUUCUCCCGCUUCAUCCACACCAGGGCCAUCGACGCACCCUUCUCCUGCCAUUCGACAUGCUCCUCCACAGCAACAAGUACAACAAACCACAUCGCAUCAAUCUCCACGUCAACAGCCCCAACCACCACCAUCUACCCCACGAUUUACAUACCCGAUGCCAACUGUGGCAGCUGCAACUUCGCCAGUCAUCUCACCCAGCGCCAUUCAACGACCCGAUGGACAGAGUGCCGCCAACCCCUACUAUCGUCGGCCAAACCCUUCUGCGCAACCAUCCGGACCGAAGCAGCCGUCCCAGCCACACGGACAUCCUGGAGUCGCAGGGGCAGCUCAGUACAUAUACCAGCACAAUGGACGGCGAGAAUCCUAGCAGCUACAGCCCUUUGGAGGGGAAAAGACUACUGUGUCGUGGGUGAUUUUAUGCUUGUACUGAUUUCGUGGGUGCUGUCCUAUUAUGUCGAUUGAUGCCGUUUGUGAGUGUAUUUUGGCCAUUGUUGUAUCGUUCCGCCGCUACUGUUUGUGUAGUUUACCCGACAUAGAUUAUUCUAAUACCAACUUUUAUUCCUUGG